GUCCCACCUGUCCUCUGUCUCACCUGUCCCUCUCUGUCUCACCUGUCUCUCUGUCUCACCUAUCUGUCCCACAUGUCCUCUGUCUCACCUGUCCUCUGCCUGUCUUCCUUCAGGUCCUCAGCUCGUUGGGACACCAUGUGGUCACGUUUGAUUACAGAGGCUGGGGCGACUCAGAGGGCUCUCCAUCAGAGGUGGGGAUGACAUCAGACGCUCUCUUCAUCUACGAUUGGCUGAAACAGCGGCUGGACGCCAAAACGCCGCUUUACAUCUGGGGACACUCUCUGGGGACGGGAGUCGCCACCAACCUGGUCAGACGGCUGUGUGACAGAGGAAGUCCUCCCGACGCUCUGAUCUUAGAGUCUCCGUUCACCAACAUCAGGGAGGAGGCGCGGAGCCACCCCUUCGCCAUGGUGUACAGGUACCUGCCCGGCUUCGAUUGGUUCUUCCUGGACGCCAUAACAGCCAACAACAUCCGCUUCGCCAGCGAUGAGAACGUGAAUCACAUCUCCUGUCCUGUGCUGAUCCUCCACGCCGAGGACGACAGCGUGGUUCCUUUCCACCUGGGCAAGAAGCUCUACAACAUGGCCUCCCAGUCUAAGAGCCUCAGCGGUCACAAGGUCCAGUUCGUCCCUUUCUCCUCCUCUCUGGCCUACAAGCACAAGUUCAUCUACAGGAGCCCGGAGCUGCCAAACAUCCUCAGUGAUUUCCUCGGCACAGCUCACCAACCGAUGGAGGAUUAAGGCUGAAGACGGUUUCCCGGUCGGACCGAACAUUCUCGCAUGAACACAUCAUUCCUUUGUCUUUCUGCGUCACACCAACACGGGGUUACCAUGGAGACUGCGUGACGAGGAAGACGCCGAUCAGAGACAUGAAGACGCCUCUGGUUUGAUCCUGCACUGAGCUCCAUUCUUGACCAUCUGUGUCAUUUUCUUUUACUUCUGACUUGUUUUGAAAUGACUUCUCAGUUAGAAGGCCUGUUAUGACUUGAAUUAUGAAUUAAAGAUUUCUUGUUUUAA